AAUCAGGGGGGGUGAGUCCCUGGCUUGCCAUACUCCUUCCCACGAGUGUCCCUAGUAUCGCACUACCUCUAGGUGACGCUCAAAUUCAGAAAUCAAGCGGGUUGGGACUGGGAAAUGGGAUAUAG